AAUUCAAUUCAACAACAUGACCUGUAGUGAUUCACUUGCUAAAAAUUUCCUUUGCACAGUGAACCAUACCAUGAUAUCAGGUAUAACCUGAUGGCUGUUGUGGCCGAUGGAAUGACAAUUUGUGAGGAAAAGCUAAAACGUUUGAGUGCAGAAAGAGAGAACAUAUUGGAAUCAUUAAAAAAGUUUGACCCCGCCACAAGUCAAGACUCCACAUCAACAACCACCUGUACAACAGAGUCUAGCUCAUGUUCAACAACCAACACAUCAUGCGACAAAACACAGAGCACACUUACAACGGUCACUGCAGUGACGGUCUCACCCACAGUCGCCUUGACAACGUCAGGGGGAAUCACCUCCAAUGUUGCCAUGGAAACAGAUCUGAGCAAAACUCCAAAUGACUCCGCUGAGACCUCGAGACUGCACAAAGCAAACAAGGAAAUAUCUGAGUCGCCUUCAACUGUCGGCGAACAAGGUCAGGAGCAGACGAGCCAAACCGCUGCGAGUAACAACAAUUCUGUAUCGGAUGAAGCUUCAAGGAAGGAUGCAGAUGAAGAUCACGUGUCUGCUCCAGCACCUGAGCCUCCGGUGUCGCCAACAGGAAGUCUGCACUCAGAUUCAGGCGCAUCUGCAACUGGGGAGACCACUGAAACAGCGCCUUCAGAGGACCAGGCAGAUUAUGCAGAGACUUUCUCCUUUUCUGAUUCUGAGACAGUGGCCAGCAGUCACGAUGGAAGAGCAGGCCCAGAUGACUCGUCCAGUGAUGUGGAACAUGCUGAUAGUGGAAAAGGAAUUCACUCAAAACACAAAGUCUCUUUUCAGGGAAUUUCGCAGCCGGAGAAUCAAGAGGUUUGCCAUAGUUAUGGCUUUUCUAUUCCACUGAGCGAAUUAGCAAAGAUUUCUGCUGAAAGCCAGGUAAGCCAUACUCUUGUGGAUCACAGUCGUCGGACGCACGACUAUGAUCCAUUUAUCAGAACGUUUCUCACCAUGUUAGCGGAGCAAGGUCAUUUUGCUCAGCUUGUGGAACAACAGACAUCACUCAAGCGACGACUAACUCAGACCAAACCACACUUAAAGCAGUUGAAGCGAGUGUAUAAACGAAAGAAACCGAGAUAA